CUAUUGGAGAGAAGCAUGAUGAUUAGUAAGACCAUACGUGACAUGACUAGGAGGGUUUACGAAAAGGGAGGUCACGAAUGGGAGAAGGGCAAUAGAGUGAAACGCACAGUGCAAUCGACCGAAGCCUUUCUGGCUCCAAAAAGAACACCAGAGAGGGCGGACUCGAGUCGACGCGAUGGUCGUGGUGCGCGUGCUCUCGGUAGAUACACAAAAGACCGGGCCCCUUUGGACGAGGACCUGGAUCCUGUAGUCGAUAAACGUCGGAACGCCUUUGGGCGCAAAGGAGGGGGGCAAGGGGACCGUAACGGGUUGACUGUUGGGGUUAUUGUUGAGGAUGACUUGGGUCGGGAGAGGGAUGGCAAAAGGCCAAGCAUAAGAGCCGGACAGUCUACCCAGUUCCAAAAAGGGCAAUUGAUCUGCUCCUACGGACAUGAGAUAUCCCCUCACCUGCAACACAAGACCACAAAUAUUCAGAUGCACGGAGCCUUCUACGACAUCCUUGUCAAAGUAGAGCGGGUGGUGAGAUGGAACGCUUGUUCGUCUCUGGAUGAUGGACUGGAAGCUCUUGAACCAGAUGCCGAGGGUGUCGACGUGCCAGAACGGCUGGAGGUGGUUGUUGGGGUGGUGUGGCCUGCACUUUGGGAUCGCCGGGCUGACGCGGGACCUUUGCUGGACGUUCUCCGAGACGAGAUGGAUGCGAGAAUGUGGUUUGGCAUCGAGUCGUGCAACAUUAGCACGGGGACCACAUCCAUCAGUGGGCUGAGCACGUCGUACCUCUUUCAAAAACCUGCUGCGACGACAGCACCCACCCAGCCUGCUGCAGCCGCAGCCCCAAAUGCUCCCUUCGUUCUCAAUGGUGCCGCCAAAUUCAACGACUUGCCCACCCCAAUCCAGGAUCUUCUUAAUGACACCGAGGCUCUGAUUCAGGGAGGCUUGAAUGCGUCCAAGGAUCUCAAAGGCCGCAAACUAGGCGACGCGAUCGUCACCAACACGGCUACCUCGCGGCAGAUAUUCCAUGACUUGACUUCCAGCUCAAACACGUUGCAAGCCGAUGACCUCUUCGCUAAAAAUCUCCGAGAAAAAGUCGACCAGGCUGUCCAGGAUGUGAUCGUGUGCUCCCAGAUCAUCGAGGGCUUUAGGGAAAGCGGCAUUCAACACCCAAACCUAAAAACAAACGCGCAAUACCCAUUGGAGUUCUUUCACCGUUUGGCGGACCAGAUGCAAGAGCGCUUAGCCAGGUACAAGGCUAUCGUCGAC